AUCAGUUGGCAUAGAAACAGGGUUUGUUACUUACCGUCAAGUCUGUGCUAGAGGUGUGGUUGUGCUUAGGGUGUUUUGUGGUGAUUGUCUGGACGGCUACAAGUAGGUGCGAUUCAAAUGGAAACCCAAUCUUCCGCCGGGACUCUGCAGUCUCCCUCCACCUAUUCUGAGAGUGGGUCAAAGACUGGGAGCAGCAGAUCAGCUGGGAGUGUUCAAGAUAAGGACAGGGAUUUGACGAAGGAUAAUGCCGCCUCCCCCAUCGACCUGGAAUGCCACAUCCAGGCCGAACGCAUCACAAAGAUCCUGGACGAGGGGAUAUACAAGACCAAACUGGCGAUAUGUCUGCCACCUCUCGUCCAGGAGUACAAGACGCUGGCUUCUGUUCUCUCGGACAGCAGUAUGGAGGACCUGACCUUCAUUUUCGACCAGUAUGACAACCCGUUGUUUUCUACAAGCUUGCUCAACAUGGCGGCCAUGGAUGAUAUUCAGAGUGGUGACGUGUCGUUGAAGAACCGACUGAACCCAGAACUUGGACAUUUGAUGUACAUCUUGAACAGCUACCCUGAACUCAAGCCAAAAGUAGAAGAAAUGAUUCAAGAGAUGAAGUUGCAAGGCCAAACGCACCCCGACUCUGUUCCCGAGGGUUUGGCGUAUCUUCUUACCUUGGAGCAGUUCCGCGAGCUGAUGGUAAUCCAGAUGAGCACCACUGCAGCGGACGAACUCGCGGCCAAGAUCAAUACGAGAAAGCUGGAAGCAUCAAAUGAGAAGCUCAUUGAGCAUAUUAAUGAAUACUCAGCAACAAUUAAAGAAGAGAAUCAGAGGUUCGAGACGACGAUGGCUCUGAAGGCGGAGAUCAUUGAGAAACUGGAGCAGGAGCUGAAGUUCCUUCAUCACGAGGCUACCGGCAAGUUGCAGAAGAAAAUCUUAGAUUCCGACCGUCAAAUGGUUUUAGCCACACGCGCCCACGCUGUCAAGGCGGAGAUCCUGAAAGAAGAGGAGGUCGAGUCUAGGGAGAGUUACGAGAGCUUGCUGAGGAAUCAUCUCAUUGAGGAAAAGAACCAGAGAGCAAGAAGAAUCAAAGUGGAGACACAACUACUCUCGUGGCUGAAGAAGUACGACUUGGAGAUGGGUGAUAAGCAGGUGGAGCUGGAUGAGUUCACGGAGAAGUAUGAGGAGGAAGUCAGGAAGUGCGAGGAACUGGAGGAAAAACUGGCAGAGCAGAACAAGGAGUACGAUCCGCUGAUGGCAGAAAGAGAGGCAGAAUACCACCAGGAGAUGACGGAGAAGAUGACUAAGUUCCUUGUGGAGCACGCGGCCAGGGUCAUACAGAGUGCUUGGCGGGAUGUGCUCGCCAACCGAGCGGAGAAGAAACGGUUGAAAAAAUUGCAAAAGAAAAUGCAAGCAGCUGCAGCCGCCGCCGCCGCUGCAGAGAAAAAAGGCGGGAAAAAAUAAGAUUCACAGUGUUCUUUUUAGCUAUCUACAUGAUCUACAAGAAUUUUCUUUAGUACUAUAGUUAUGAAUUUAUUGUAAUUUUAUUAAUAUUGUAUAUUUUAAAUAAAUACUAAUUUAUUGAAUUCA